UAUCGACGACGACAACCGCGUAGACGCGUUCGCUCCGUCGACAGAGAGAGAUCGUCGAGUGAAGAAUCAGAAUCUUCCUCCGACUACCAUCGACAACGACAAAAGAGAAGCCGCUCGCAGUCGAGAUCUCAUCGCUAUUCGCCAGCAAACAUAGCACAGGGACCCAGAAAAUCCCGCGUAAGCCCCAGAACCGGCCGAAUCCUCCCGACCGCUUCCACCAUGUCACAGCCGUCGCAGCAUUCAGUCCAGUCAAGUGGAGUGAUAUGUGCUAAUUGCAAUAAAUUAGGCCACGCCCUACGAGAUUGCGUAACAAAUUGGUCUCCCGCAGGCGAUAUCCCCGGGUGCUACCGAUGCAAUAAUAUGUCGCAUACGAUUGAUGACUGCUUAGUUCAGCCGCCAUAUGACGACGCUACAAAGUAUCAGAUCGAGGUGGUCAAUCGUGCAGGCCGACCGCCUUUACGAUCAAUACGUGGAUGGAACCAACUAGCCGUGGUGAUGAACCAUUGGGGACCUGGCCCGAUCAGUAAGCAGUUUAUGACAGGGCUGUCUUCGACACACUUUGAUCGAUGGAACUAUGAGCUAUCGGGUAUGCAGCAAUUCGACCUACUGGUCAAUGACUUUGCUACCAAUAGCUCGUUAUCGUGACCCAAUUGCC